AGAGCCGCCUUCGCGAUAAAUAGUCGGCGGAGGUGGAGAGAGCGCCAUCCUCCUCCUGAGAGCACCGCACUGACCAUGCUGUGGCCGUCGCUCCUCCCGCUGGUGCUGCUCGCGGCGCGCGCCGCUCGGGUCGCCGGCGUGGCCGCGUCGCCCCGGACCUUCAUGCACACGGACCCGGCCACCGGCAGCUCGGUGGAGUGCGCCCGCUGCGCCCCCGGUAACUACCUGCGCUCGAGCUGCACGGCGACGCGCGGCAGCGUGUGCGCGCGCUGCCCGUCGGGCUCGUUCACGGAGCUCUGGAACUACAUCAGCAAGUGCCUGCGCUGCGGCGCGUGCGGCCACAACCAGGUGGUGAAGACGCCGUGCGCCGCGGACAGCGACUGCCGGUGCGAGUGCAAACCGGGAUACUACAAGAGGGACUACGACAUGUGCCACCCGCACCGGGAGUGUCCGGCCGGACAAGGGGUGCUGAGCAAAGGCACGGCGGACGAGGACACGGCGUGCCGCGCCUGUUCCAACGGGACCUUCUCCGCCGCCGUCUCCGCCCACGAGGCCUGCUCGCUCCACCAGAGCUGCGACGCUCCGGGCACCCAGCUGCUGCUGAAGGGCUCCAGCUGGCACGACAGCGUGUGCACGAGCUGCACGGAGCUCCGGUCCAGAGACGGAGCCGACUACCUCAAAGAAAUCCUCCCGCCUUUUUUCGUCCACCAGAAAAUCCACAUCAAACGUCUGCGUCGCAUUUUGCAGAAGCUCCUGUCCGAAUCUGGUCAAAAACGCGGCGCUUCGGGACUCGACCGCGCGGAUCUCCACGCGCGGAUCAACGCGUGGAUCGCGUCCGCCAAGGCGGGUCAGAUCCGGGAGGUGCCGGCGAUACUGACCCGGAUGGGGGCGGACGGCGCCGCCGAGAGGCUACGGAACAAGCUGCAGAGCAUCGACUCCAACCUGAACGAGUUGUGUGAUCUGAGGAACGAGGUGGACGUGAUUGUAAUGUCAGGGAGAAAAUAGAAGAGGAACUAAAUAAAGUAGAAGGUAUUUAGUCACGGGUACCACCGGGUUCCACCGGGUUCCACCGGGUUCCACCGGGUUCCACCGGUUCCAGUACGUAAUGUUUGUAGUUGCUGCCCGAGUCAAGAUGCACUGUCAAUACAGGCUUUAGUACUUGUUGCAUUAGUUAAAGAAGAAUACCGAUUAAAGAAAUAGGUUCAUUUAUUUUCCAUCUGCAUCAAGCUGGUUGACAUUUCUUUUGAUUCCUGUUUGUUUAUUUUCUUCUUAAAAUAGAGCAACCGAUUGUUGUGUCACAUUUUCUUUACAAAAUAAAUUAACGUUACAGAAAACCUUCAUUCCAAGUCAGGGUAUGAUGAUAUAAUGUGUAAUGUAACAUAAUGCAGAUCUAAUAUAUCGUGUUCAUUCGUCCUCGGGGGGUGUCCCUACUGUUUGAAGUAUUAAUGUGAUUCUAUGUGCGCCUUUUGGCAUCUAUCUGUACUAAUUAUGUAUUGUACACAUUUGCUGGAAAGAUACAACUCCAUGUUGCAACUGAGUCAACACACUAAUCAGCAGCUGGGGAACCUUUUAUUUAACUAAACACCGGUAUUACCCUUUAGGGAAUAAAAGAAGUGGUGGUCUUCAUUAAAUCUACCUCUUCUUAUGUAUGCAGUUAAACAGUUUUGUGUCAUUGUAUAUAUCAGCGACAUAUAUGAACUUAAUUUAUUGUGCUAUAGAAACAAGGUAAGUUUCUUGUGUUGGCUUUUCGUGAUUUAUAAAGAAUGCGUAGAAGUGUCUGCAAAUGAAGCUGGAGCAUGUGUGGUGCUUGAAUCACGCUUGAAUAAAAAUAAUUGAAAAUAAA